UUUUUGCUCCGUGCGUUGCUGUGGCUGCGCAGUGGAAAUCCGCACCGGGGAGCUGCUGAGGGGCGCCGUUGUCAUGUGAAAGCGCACAUGCUCUGCCAUCCACGCGGCACCCCCCUCUCUUCUGCCUCCGCGUGUUUUUCCUGUUUUUUUCUAACGUAACUCCUUUCCUCCUCCUCCCCUGCUCAGCCCCUCGCACGCCCGGCCCCGCCGCAGAGGCUCCGCCGUGGGCAGUCGCGGGGCGGCCGCCCCGGAGCAGCGCGCCCGGCGGCGGGGAGCCCGCGGAGCCGCGCCCCGCGGAGCCGCCCCGGAGGUAUGGUUUUCCCGGCGGAGCAGAGCUGCGGCGGCUGCCACCUUCGCGGCUGUUGAGACGGGAUCUGUGCGGUGCGGUUCCUGGGCUCCUAGCUUCAUGACUGCGCGGAGCGGGGAACCAACACCAUGCGAGCACAAAUUGAAGUGAUACCAUGCAAAAUUUGUGGUGAUAAAUCCUCUGGAAUACACUAUGGAGUCAUCACAUGUGAAGGCUGCAAGGGAUUUUUUCGGAGGAGUCAGCAGAACAACGCAUCCUACUCCUGUCCAAGACAGAGAAACUGUUUAAUUGACAGAACCAACAGAAAUCGUUGCCAACACUGCCGACUGCAGAAAUGUCUUGCCCUGGGAAUGUCUCGAGAUGCUGUGAAAUUUGGAAGAAUGUCCAAAAAGCAGAGGGAUAGUUUAUAUGCUGAAGUGCAGAAGCACCAGCAGCGACUGCAGGAACAGCGGCAGCAGCAGAGUGGUGAGGCAGAAGCCCUCGCCAGGGUUUACAGCAGCAGCAUCAGCAAUGGCUUGAACAAUCUGAAUAACGAAACUGGCAGCACCUACUCAAACGGGCACGUCAUCGAUCUGCCGAAGUCUGAGGGCUAUUACAACGUGGAUUCUGCCCAGCCCUCCCCAGACCAGUCGGGGUUAGACAUGACUGGAAUCAAACAGAUAAAGCAGGAACCUAUCUAUGACCUCACCUCUGUACCAAACUUGUUUACCUAUAGCUCUUUCAACAACGGGCAAUUAGCUCCAGGGAUAUCCAUGAGUGAAAUCGAUCGAAUUGCACAGAAUAUCAUUAAAUCUCAUUUGGAGACAUGUCAGUAUACAAUGGAGGAAUUACAUCAACUAGCAUGGCAGACCCACACAUAUGAAGAAAUAAAGGUUUACCAGAGCAAGACGAGAGAAGCUCUGUGGCAGCAGUGUGCCAUUCAGAUCACCCAUGCUAUCCAGUACGUGGUGGAGUUUGCAAAGCGCAUAACAGGCUUCAUGGAGCUCUGCCAGAAUGACCAAAUUCUUCUUCUUAAGUCAGGCUGCUUGGAAGUGGUUUUGGUGAGAAUGUGCCGUGCCUUCAACCCACUUAACAAUACUGUUCUGUUUGAAGGAAAGUAUGGAGGGAUGCAAAUGUUUAAAGCUUUGGGUUCUGAUGAUCUGGUAAAUGAAGCAUUUGACUUUGCAAAGAAUUUGUGUUCCUUACAGCUGACUGAGGAGGAGAUUGCCUUGUUUUCAUCUGCAGUUCUGAUAUCACCAGAUCGAGCCUGGUUAAUAGAGCCAAGGAAGGUCCAGAAGCUUCAGGAAAAGAUUUACUUUGCACUUCAACAUGUUAUUCAGAAGAACCACCUCGAUGAGGAGACAUUGACAAAGUUAAUAGCCAAGAUACCAACAAUUACUGCACUUUGCAACUUGCACGGAGAGAAACUGCAGGUAUUUAAGCAAUCUCAUCCAGACAUAGUGAACACACUGUUUCCUCCAUUAUACAAGGAGCUUUUCAAUCCAGACUCAACCACUGGCUGCAAGUGAAGGGGAUAAUAGAAUUUUCACGUAGUCAUGGAAUGCAUCACUAGUAAGACAAAAAGAAAUGUUUUCAUGAAGAAAUUAUUAAAAAUGUCACUACUGCAACACUAGGAAUGUCCUGCACUUAAUAGAAUUAUUUUUCACCGCUACAGUUUGAAGAAUGUAAAUAUGCAACUCUGAGUGGGGAUGUCUUUUUUCUCUUUUGUUUACCUUUUUUUUUUUUUUUUCAUUUUUGAACUGACAAUUAAUACACAAAUAUAGGACACUGGGUGUUAUCUUUUUUUUUUUAAUUUACUUUUAUUGGGGGAUGUUUUGGGAGACAACUGUUCCUAGAACUUUAUUGUAGAUAAUACAUGAUAAUAGAGCAGUACUUUGCAGUAUUACUCUUGCUGUUUAUUGUUCAAAUAUAAUUUAAGAAAAUUCCACUUAUUAGACUGCCUAGUUCUAUGUUUUUGAUAGUUUAAUGCAUGUGGAAAUUUGUAGCUGCCUUGGAAAUUAUGGUGCAUAUAUGGAAGACACACACACUCACUUAUUUAUAUACAUAUAUGUAUGUAUGUAUGUAUAUAUGUAUGUAUGCAUUAUAUGCAUACAUGAUGUAACUUAAAAUCACAUGCCUACAUUUAAAGGAUGCUCAAUCCAGCUGUCAUAUAUUUCUUACUCUCCAAGUAAUGUAUUAGAUUUACUUUGCGCAAUCAAGAUUUGCUUUGCUGGAGUUAAAUUGUCAGCUGCCAAUGUGUAAUGACAGGAUCACUUCUGAGAUGUGUGUAAUGUAGAGCAUGUGUGCUGUGUGUAAUUCAUACAUCAGGAAUGUAUCAAUGGUGCAAAAGCCUUGUCUGGAUGGUUUUAGUGAAAAGGGGAAUAGGAUUGGUUUGGGUUUUGUUUUUUUUAAAUAUUCUCACUGUUACAGGGAUAGAACAUCUAUAAAAGUGAACAUAGUAGGACCUGAUCUCAGUAAAGUAUCUGAAACGUGGAGUAAAAAUGUAGACAAUCCCAUGUGUACUUUUUUUGAUUUCACACAUGAUUUUAUACAUAUAUAUAUAUAUAUAUAUAUAUAUAUAUACAUAUAUAUAUACCGCUUUGAAAAUUAGCUUCAAGUCUUGGUUUGUUUUUUGCUGAACUCUUUAGAAAGAUAGGUAGUAAGCUCAGUGAAAACCAUAGCAAGCCUAAAAUGUAUCUCUGAAGAGGAAAGGAAGGAGGUGGAAAGUCAAAAGUGGGUGAAGUCCAUGGUUACAAAGGACAGUAUAAUUGUCCAUGCGUCUGACAGUCGUCAUCUAGAGGGGACCAAUGGUUUCCACUACACUCAUACAUUUGUGUAUGUUUUAAACACAUGCAUAUAUGUAUGUAUAUAUCUGUAUGUAUAUAACUGUGUAUAUAUAUAUAUAUGCAUAUAUAGGAUUUAUUUUAGAUGCAUUUCAGGAGUGGAGUGAAGGAUUGGAUUGGAGCUUUCUUUUUGUCUGUCUCUGAAUUGACUGUACUUGCAUUUGCUUGCAAAACCAAAGGCAAACACAGAGGGGAGUGGAAGGCUGCCAUGGACUUAAUCUUGUGGGUUAAUUCCAUUUAAUCAGCAGUCAUUUUUAAUGUACCUGCAUUCUGCCAGUAGUACAAAACACAGAUGUUUUAGCUAUGAAAGAGGGAUUCGGUUUCUGCUACAUCUCUCUUUACCACCACUUUUACCUACUGUGAACUUUUUCAGAGCAGUCUCCUCCUGGGAUCCCAGUGGAGGGCAUAGAGCAGAAAUAAGAAGAAGCAGGCAGUAGAGAAGGAAGGAAGUGAAGGCAGGAUCACAAAGCAGAUGUGUUUCUUUAUCUCAAACCACACAGAAGCCAGUGCAAUCUGAGGCAAGGCAAGGGGAAGCACAAAGGACCUGCCCAUUUGCCAGGCUUAUGGAGGGGCAGUGUCACAGGGAGCCCACAGGUGAGCCCUAGGGUGAGUGAAGAAAAUUGGCCUGUUGUAGUGAUAACUUAAUGCCUUGUGCAGCUCUGCUCUCAAGCUUCUCUUUUCUUCAUGAGCAGAUAAUUCACAAGCUGUUUCAAAUAUUUUGUGUACCUCUUCCUUGCCUUCAAUUAGUCAGCUUGCAAGUUUGCAUAUGUGUUUUGUGGCAGAAUCGAGUCUAGAAAAUAUCACAAUAUGUUUGUUCUGUUUUAGCAAUGCCAGAACAGGUACGAGAGUAGUUACAAACUCAGCUAAUAAAUGUUUCUGUGCAGGUCCAUUACAACUUAGAAAAAGAAAAGGAAAAAAAUCUGUCCAGCAAAUUCAGUUGUGAGAAUUUUGUUGCAAAUGUGACAUACUUUUCAAAAUUGCUUAGUCCUAUAGAACAGCAGUUACUAAAGUUACUUUUUUUAGUCCAAAUUCAGAGCACAUUUCUCUAGUGAUUACCUUAAAGUAUCUUCAGUUAACAUAAUAAAGCAUUACUCUUGACGCUUCUUUAUACCACUCUAACUGUAAGACUGACAUUCCUUUAUAAAGUGAUUUUCCUGUUUGCAGCCCUUCUUGUAUGGCAAAUCCAGGAAAAGGAUCCCAAAUUUAAAGUAUGUGUAUAUCAAAACUUAAUGUCUAUGUACCAUUCGUCUAGAUUUAUCGGGGAAAUAAUCAAGUCAUGCUGAACUCUAGAAGUGCUGGGUUUUAAUUGCAGGGGAUUCAUGUUUUCCUUGAUUUCCCAACACAAGAACACACACAUACUGUUUAAAAUAUUUUAUAAAUUCAUUUUCAGUAUAUCAAAAGGAUAUAUUUAGUCAACCCAUAGAAAUAUAGAAUAAGUGAUAAAUACUACUGUUUAUAGUGCGGCUUAAUAAAGAGCUUUGUCAUGUUUAUAAAUAGUCCUUCACAAUUGUGUGUUACAUCUUGAAAAUGUUGUUUUCUUCUCAAAUAAGCUAAUCACUCCUUGGGAUUUUUUGAAUUACUUCUCAGGCAAGAUAACUAAAUGGAGGUCACUUGGGAAAAAGACAUUAUCUGCAGGGCCUCUAAUCCUUAAAGCACUAUUCUGAUAUCUCUACAAUGUCAUGACCUUUCCAAUCAGUAAUGAUUAUGAUCACAUGUUAAAGAUGUGAAAUGAAAGAAAAAAGGUUAAGUGACUUGUCAGAGACCACAAAGUUAGAAAUACCCAAAAGUUUAGAAAUAAAAGUGGAUUCUUGGCUUUUGUCCUGAAACUUCUAAUACUCUGGCAUACAAGAUCUUCAUUGUCAUAGAUAGGCAAUAACCUCUACCAAGAAUUUCAAAUAUUACCAAACAAGUUUUUGUUACUUUUAGAGCAGGAUUUGAGCAAAUAAUGUUGUUGUUUAUUUGGAAGAUGAAAAUUAAUUUUCAAAAAUUAUUUAUUUAUGGAACUGUGCUGUGGUAACUGCAAUUAGAUUUUAUUUAAUUUUCUGUCAUUUGGGCUUGGCCACAUAGGUAUAGUACCUCUUUCUUCCUUCAUUGAGUGUAGAACACAUAAUGAUAACAUGCCACAGACUAGAUAUUUGUGAUUAGUUUUGCCAGCUUAUACUCAAAGUUUCAAAUUCUUGACACUGGAUUUCACAUAUUCAAGUUAUCCAUGGACUUUUAGGGAUAAAAUAGCAUGAAUUUUUAGUAAAUAACUUCACAGUAUUAGUACUUUAUUGAUGUUUGUUUUGGCUUUCAGUAGUCCAUGGUAGAACCUGAAGCUUUUCAAGUGUCUAAAACUAGAAUUUGUCACAUCUUCUUGCUGUAAUAACUGGAUAUGUUUGUUGAUUUUUUUAGUGACAGGCUUUUCAAAUGAGACACAUUUUUUAAUGAUUGAUUAACCUGGGACCUGUAGCAAAAGGCUAUUUUAAGCAUAUAUUUAAAGCGUGUAUUGAACCUACAACUAAUAUUGCUCUCCAGUAAUUCAGCGGUAUUAUGCUAAAUUACCCUUGGCAUUGAGGAAGCAGAUGUACAGUGUUCAUUAUUCUACCACAAAGACUUUAUUUCACAGUAAAUAUCACUCUUGCCUGCUCUUUUUAUAAAGAACUAAUUCUAAGAUUCGUAUUUCUUUCUAAUGGAAAUUGCUAGAAAAGAAACAUGGUGGUAAAAGGCACGUCAGCUGAGGAAACUUGUUUCCAAAAGUAACACGUGGUUUUUGAUUGGCUUUGAUAGACAGCAUUAAGGAAUUGAUUCUGCAAGUUGUCAGACACUCAGCUCUAACUAGAGUCACUAAAAUUUGAGGCAUUUCAGCCAAGAAGGUGCUCAACCAACAAGAUUGGAGGCCCUUGGCAUUAAGAGGUCCCCCUUGAGCUUUGUUGAGCAAAAGGCAGAUGUCACCCUCAUAAAUGCUUUGACUUCAUGCUCCGUGUUGUUCAUUUCAGCCCAGUUUCCCAAGGGUCAGUUUAUUCUCCUGUUGCACCUUGGGCACCAACGCUGUUUCAAUACCUCUGCCAGGUUAUGGUGCUGAGGUGGAGCAGCUACCACAGCUGCCCAGGAAGGUGAGCUUUGUUACGUGAUUUUCUUUGUUCAGUUUCACAGUGGUGUGUUUCCCUCUGGGACGACUUGCGGGAUUUCUGAUGCAACAACUUCUACACAAAGCUGCUCGUGUGUGCUAGCUUCUUGGCCUCCCACCACCAGCCUGCACCAGACUGCAGUCUCACAAAUUGGUCAGGCAGCUCAGAUAGAUAGAGAUGUGCAGCUGAUGGCUCCUUUCCCUGUUGGCUUUUCCACCCUUCUGAAGCUGUGCUUUCAAACAUCAUUUGAAAGAUGGUCAGUCUCCCCCACUCCUUCUCCCUCCUGACUCUGUAUUAAUUGUGCUCCAGAAGAGCUAUGGUCCAGCCCGGAAGGUGGUUCCUAUUUUCAGUCAUUGUCUUUGGACAUCCCAGGAAUACAGCACAUAAAAUCAAAGUGAAACACGGAAGAUUUUUUAUUAUUUUUUUUUUUGUCCAGUACAUUAUGUCUAAGGAUGUAUGAAAUAGAACCUUGAGACAGAACACCUUGCUUUUCCCUGGCCAUAAAAUAGCAGUGUAUUUACACCUACCAGCCUGUCCCAGCACCUUCUGCCUCCACCCUAGAAACUAAAUCCUAUCUCUGAUAUCCAUUUGGAACAGUGUGCUGGAGGCCCCAUCCUCUUCUUUACUCUCUAAGUUUCACACUUUGUAAAUGACAAUCACUGCUUGAUGCAAACGUUGCACUCUAUGCCACUCAGGGAUGUUUCAUUAGUGGAAAUAACUCUAUAAAUGUAACAGUGAUAUUCUGGAAGAGAUUGUUAGAGGCUUUGAAGGGCAUGGCUUGAGCUGCCCAAGUGAACAUGACCCAGACAAGGCUUUCAAGCCAAUGAUUAGGAGUAACAUUGGUAUAAACUGAAUUCACUGUCACCAUUUCCUCAGCCUGAUCUGUCAGACUUUGCCUGUUGUUUCACAGUCAGCAGAGUCCUACUGACCCAUCAGCUCAUGAUGUUAAGGUCCUUUUGGGAACAAAAUGCAAGCAAGCUUUGUGUGAAUUACUGAAUUUAGACAACUGACAAAGUUUCAAGGUACUCAUUGAAAUUUUAUGUACCAUUAAUGUGAACUCAUAUUCAGACUUGCUGCAGGCAUGUAAGAGGAAAGGUUAAGACAUGGAAUAAGUGAUGGUGUGUCAGCAAUGACAAGAGCACUGAGAUAGGACAUGGAGAAGUAACUGUAAAGAACAAGUAGACAUGAGCAAGUGGCUAACAGCUACCAUUUUCUCUCAGGGAUGCACAAAAUCAUAGCUAGCCCAUGACUCUGUAGCAAUACUUCUCCGUGGUAUGAUUAGUCCCUUUCUCACAUCAAGAAAACAUUACCCCAUUUUAUACUUUGCUAGUGAAAAAUACUCACACUUCCUGGAGUUUUGAAAUGUGUUUAUCCCUCUACACUAUGGAUUUUCUGUCAUUACAAGAACACACACAGAAGGAUAAAUUGUGGUGGAUGAUAUUGCCAGUCAUUAAGUUAAUUCCAUGUCUUCAACCAAGAGGUUUUCCUCAGCUCUGAAUAUGAUUGUUGCUCCUGUUAUCACAGUGAGUAUGUGUGGUUUUUGGCUCCCUCCAUCCUCUGAACUCCCUCCACUUAGAAGACUGAUGGACACCUUCAGGAGGCAGAGAGGCCAGCAUCCCUAUGCAUCAGGAUUUUCACCAUCAUAUUCUUUAACAACUGUCCCAUUGCAAUUCUUAUUUUAAUCCUUUGGGUCACAAGGAGCCAUGUCCAAGCACCUGAAGUUCUCGUUAGUGUGAACAUUAAAAAGUUCAGAGGUCUUAUGGUCAGAGGAUCUUGCCUCUCUUUCCUUUUCCUUUUACUCCUUGCUCCGAGUGAAUGAGGCCUGGAGUGGUAAAUGACUCAUCUUCAUUCUUUUUCAAAGUUUAUUUGUACUUGCAGUCUGCAAAGGAGGCUCCAGAUGAUAGAAAGCAAGCUCCUUCCUCCUCUUCCUUCAUGCUGUCACUUUGCUGUGUUGUCCCUGCAUGCAUUGUCCCUGCAUGUGUUGUCCCUGCAUGUGUUGUCCCUGCAUGACUGUGUGACAAUGAGCCCAACACUUACAUAAAAGUUAUCAUCCCAGAAGUUGUUUGCAGCUCUAAAAGCCACUUGUGUGUGCAGUCUGCAGACAAGAAUCAUUGUGAAAAGAGGCUUAGAACUUCCACAGUGGUAGCUCACAGACCAGUAACUCUCCUAAAAAGGCAGGCUGAAUGUCGAGUGGUGGCCGUGUCUGUGUCCUCCAAAUGACCCUCGCAUACAUUUCUGUUGAGAGGAUAAGGCAACGAAUAAAAUACUCUGGGAAAGAAGUGUUUCCUGGGUGUUACUGCAGGCAGCAAGGAUAAUACUGCUCACAGUGAGUUCAGUAACAUGAUGUACUACAUUUGGAUAAUUUCAUCGUCCUCACAGUUCAAGCACAGCACAUAGGGGAAGUGAAAGAGAACAGCAUUGGAUAUAGCAGCAAUAAGUAAAUUGUAAGUGUUUCUUUGUAACUGUACUUGCAAGAAAUUGUUUGCUUUGCACGUGGUCUUCUGUACAAUAACAUAAAGGAAAAAAUUCAACUAAUGUAGAUAUCACAGUGAUUUUGCAUAAUUUUUUGAUUUGUUGAAUAUAGCUGCUAAUUUAUGAAUGAAGAUACUGCUGUUGAGAAAAAUUUUUGUGCUUCAAGAAAAUGCUGAGGUCCUUGUUUAUGACUAUAUAUUGACAGCAGUAAAGUAUGUUCAGUAUAAGACUGGAGAGAAUUUUAAAAAUGGCUCCUAGUUUUCAAUAUUAGGAACACAUUGGCCCCUUAUUUGGGCAACAGGAAUGCAACUGCAUUGAAACACAAGCAGGAGCAGAUGGUUAACCACCAAGAACAGGAAAGAACAGGCUUUACCUUGACAACUGUUUCAGAUAAAACCAGCUUAUU